UGAUGUAGGCUACUACAUUAACUUAAAUUUGGGGCAUUAAAAAUUUCAUUAUUUUAAAAGGUUUUAUUCUACAAAAAUUUAGAAAAGCUGAAUGCCAAAAUCCACACAAAUGCAAACAAAUCCAUGAUCUGAUACAGUUUUUACUACUAUGGCACAAUUGGAAAGUCUACCAACUGGACAGCCAAAAAAGGAAAGCCACUGCCAGCAGUAUGAGAUGACAGUAAACAAGACUCAGUGGCCCAUAAUCUACAGCUCUGAAUACAAUAUAGGUUUCUGUGGCCUGGAAAAGCUGCAUCCUUUUGAUGCUGGUAAAUGGGGGAGAAUAUUUGAAUUCUUAAAAAGUGCAGAAAUGUUGAGGGAUGAUACAAUUGUUGAGCCAAUGGAGGCAAACGAAGAGGAACUUUUGUUUGUUCACAGUGCCAAGUAUUUGAGUAGUUUAAAGCUGACUAAUAUUGUGGAAGGGAUAACUGAGUGGAGCUGGACUGUGGCCGGAAUAACAGAAGUGCCCCCUGUGGCUUUACUGCCAAACUUUUUAGUCCAAAGAAAAGUGUUGCGACCUUUUCGCUUUCAAACAAGUGGAACAAUUAUGGCAGGAAAGCUGGCAAUGGAGCGUGGCUGGGCCAUCAACAUUGGUGGAGGAUUUCAUCACUGUUCCAGUGAGAGAGGAGGGGGAUUUUGUGCUUACGCCGACAUCACCCUGUCCAUAAAAUUUGCCUUUGAGAAGAUUGAGGGUGUGUCCAAGGUGAUGAUAAUAGACCUGGAUGCUCAUCAGGGUAAUGGCCAUGAGAGGGACUUUAUGGACGAUGAAAGAGUAUACAUCCUAGAUGUCUAUAACAGGGAUAUUUACCCACAUGAUGGGUUCGCCAAACGUGCCAUUAAGCGUAAGGUGGAAAUAAGAUGUUUCACAGAUAAUGAGCGUUAUCUCAAUGCUGUGAAAAGAAAUGUAGAAGACGCCUUAAAAGAAUUUUCUCCUGACUUGGUUGUCUAUAACGCUGGUACAGAUAUCUUAGAAGGUGAUCCUUUAGGAUCAUUGUCCAUAACAGCCCAAGGUAUUAUUGAACGAGAUCAGAUAGUCUUUGAAAAUUGUCGCUCACGAGAUAUUCCAGUAUUUAUGGUCACCAGUGGGGGCUACUUGAAGGAAACAGCCAGAAUAGUCGCAGAUUCUAUUUUAAAUUUGAGGAAGCUGGGCCUCAUUUCAUGCGAAGCAGCGGAAAACGCUCCCCUGAUAGAUACAAGUGUGCCUUUAACAUUCCUUCCCAGAAGCCGCAGUGAUGGAGGCCUUUUUGCCAGGUUCAAACGAACAUGUUUAUCUCGAACAUCGAAUUCCAGUCAAAAUAUUUCAGACAUGAACAGCUCUGUGGACCCAGCCACCCCCACGGACACGACAAAGAGUUUGGCAGCAGCAGUGAAUGAUGUAUCUCCUGAUGAGAAUCAGUUUUAAUUCCUCAUUUGGGAAAUGUGGGUAACAGAAUUUUAGUUGCGUUGUUGGCAAUUGUGUCAUUUAAGGUUAUCUUUAGUGUCAGUCAAAAUGGAGUUUUUUAAAGCUGUGUCACUUGCAUCCUCUGAUGUGUUGUUAGCAUUGUUUGGGCUUUUCAAUUAGCAUAUUGAAAUGGGAAAUUGAAAUUAAUAUCAUUUGGCAUAAAAACAAAAUUAACUUUUUAUUUUGGCAGUUUUGAGGGAUCACUUUAAAUGAACAAUUUUGUCUAAUCUUACAUUUAGAUUGAUUAGAAAUAUAACAUGAUGGACAAUUUAAAUAAUAAUUAAACAUUUAGAUUGAUUAGAAAUAUAACAUUAUGGACAAUUCAAAUAGUAAUUGAACAAUGUAUUGCCUUAAUAACACCUCUUGCCCUAAUAUGUGAUAUUUUAAAUGUUUUAAAAUGUAGUUAGAAAUAGAUAGAAAUACAUAGCAUUGGGGGCUAGUGGUAGAGUGCCUGACUGCUAACCCGAAAGUCUCGAGUUCGAUUCUGGGUUCAAGUUAGUAUUAUGUCCCUGAGUCCAUCCAGCUCUGAUGGGUAACUAUUACUAACUCACAGUAGGGAAAGUAAAGGUGGCUGGGCAUAGUCCUGACCACACUAUCUCUUCAUAUGUAGGAGUCACAGAAACAGGUGAACUCUACUUUCCUCAUGGGUCAAAAAGGGAACUAUACUUUUUACAUAGUAUUGAUAUCAUAUAAUUAUAAAUACUUUUAAUUUAAUGUCACUAGUUUUUGUUAUAAAACUGAAAUAAUAGUUCUCGUCAUAAUUUUUUGUUCAGUACCUUUACUUACAUUCCAGUUAAAAUAAGUGUAUAAAUAAUAUAAUGACCUACUUAUCUUUUUUUUUACUGCUGUGAUGAUGAAUGCUUGGAUUGAGUUGUUGAGGGUUGACCUGUGAUGUUCUCUAUUUUAUUUGAUAUUAAUCAAACCAAAAGACAAUGAUAUUACUGGACAAUGUAAAAAGCUGUUAGCUAAAUGUUGCUCAUGCCGAUUUUAGUUUUCAAAGUUAUUUGUACAAAAAAGAUAUAACUUUCAAUCUCCGUAGUUGAAGACAUCAGUGUAAGAAAGUAUUCACCAUACAGCACACCUAAGGGUUGGGUCUACUUACCGGCAAUCACUGUAUUGACUUAAUAUAUAAUGAUUCAAUUAUUUACUAGAGAUCGGGCUUAAAAUUGUUUUAUCUUGUGGGAACUGAAAAGUUCACAUUUUAAAACUUUAACUCAGAUGAAGAGUUUGUAACAAUAACUGUUAUACCACCUAACAUUCUAUUCUUUAUAUUUUUAUGUAUGUGUAUCUAAUUUUUUUUUUAUCCGCAAUAUUUAUACAUAAAUACAUAAAACAUUUUACCUUUUCUCCACGAUGUGAUCUGUGUCUGUUUACAUUUUUCUUGUAUUUUAUUGUUUGUUAAUAAACUACUAUUUUAAGAUUUUAAAAAAUUCUUUAAAGAGCCUUAGCUCAUCUAAACUUGUCGUUUAUUUGCUGCCAUUUAACAAAUUUUAAAUUAGUAUCUGAAGUAACCCCACCUAAUCCUAUAUAUCACUAGUUUAUAAUUGUGUAAUAUACAUACUUUUAUUUUUAUCUAUACAGUAAUACAGAUUUUAGAUCUCCAUCUUUAUAAUGAACUGUUAAGCUCAAUAUAUAUAUUCACUGUAUCAUGAACUGUUAAGCUCCUCAUAUACAAAUUUUAAAAUCAUCACUAAAUGAAUAUGUUUUAACCCUUUCCUUAUCACAUGUUGAACUUGACAUAACAACUUGUAAAUAUUAAUAAAACAUUGUUUUUUACAUGUAGUGUUCAUACAUUUAGAUAUAUAGAUGUUUUAAAGCCACAGCUAUUUUAUUACUAAACAGCUCUGUCAGGAUGAGUUUACUAUUCCUUCAUUAAUUAAUUAAUAAGAACUGGCCUUUAGUUAGUUUGGAUCUAACAUGCUUGCAGGCUAUGCUAAAUUCGUUUUUGUUUGCUCACUGUGACCAAAGCCAUAAACCUAAUCCUGACUUAAAAAAAAAACUAUAUAAAAUUAACACAAUUCUAUAGCAUAUUGAAGAAUAUGCAGUCCUCUUGAAAAAAAACUAUACUUUACUGUGUUUUAAAUUUUAAAUGUUGUUUCAUUAGAUUAAUCAGUAUUUUUAUUUGAUAAAUUAGAUCACAUUGGUUUUUUUGUUCAACACUAUUUUAUUAAAAUCACAGGAAGAACACUUUCUAUAAUGUAAUAAAUAUUUAUUAUUUAUUCAUUAUUUGU